AUGUUUUUCAGUAUUUAUAUUGUGACGUUACUUGGAAAUGCAUGUAUUAUUUUUGCUUAUCACCACAGCUCCAUCCUCCACACUCCUAUGUACUUCUUCCUGGCAAACUUCUCUUUCCUGGACAUAUGUUACAUCUCCACCACUGUCCCCAACAUGUUGUCCAACUUUCUUCAUGGGCACAAUACCAUAUCCUUUCACGGAUGUGUUGUACAGUUGUACUUUCUGAUGUUACUGGGCAGUACAGAGUGUUAUAUUCUAGCAGCAAUGGCCUAUGACCGCUAUAAUGCCAUAUGCCGUCCACUUCUGUACACUGUUAUUAUGAAUAAAGUUUCAUGUACAAACUAUGUGUUUGGGUCAUGGAUUAUCGGAAUAGUUAACUCAGUUAUACACACCACCCUUACCUUCACCUUACCAUUCUGUGCUUCCACCAAAAUUAAUUACUUUUUUUGUGAUAUCCCUCCAUUGCUCAGCUUGGUUGAAGUGGACACCAGGAUCAAUGAACUUUCCACUUUUAUUAUUGGUGGAGUUGUCACCAUGGGCUCUCUUCUGCUGACUAUAAUCUCGUACUCAAUGAUUAUCUCCACCAUAGUGAAGAUCCAUUCAAGCUCCGGACAAAUGAAAGCAUUCUCCACCUGUGUGUCUCAUUUUACUGUUGUCACAAUAUUUUAUGGUUCUGGAAUUUUUAUAUAUCUGAAACCAAAAUCAAAUUAUAUCAUGGACUACGACCGACUGGUGGCCGUCAUGUACACCGUCAUUGCACCACUACUCAACCCUUUUAUAUACAGUCUCAGGAAUAAUGAUGUUAAGGUGGCAGUUAGGAGGUUAGUUUGCGAGAGAUUAGCUGCUGGGAAGUCCUGA